GCUCUUUACAUUCUUCCACUAUUUUAAAAUAAUAUAAUUUAUAGAAAAAUCUUAUGUGAUGACUGAGGAAACUUUUCUGUAGCUGUAUAGUUGGCUUUGACUGUGCUGUUGAAUUGCCUUUUCUAAUAUUGUCAUCUGUCUCUUUAUCACCUCUGAAACCUCUGAAAAAGAUUCGGCUAUUUACCACCUCUAAACCCUCUUGCAAUGGAGCACUCACCCUCUAUGAACUUGUCAGUGGUGGAUGGAGACGAGGUGGAGGACCAACGCCCUCUUCUUCCACCGAGGAUGGCCCCUCCACCCCAGGCCUGCUCUCCACAUUGUGGAAUACAUCAAAACAUCCAAACACCAACUGAUCAGACCGUGUGGCUGGACAGGACCCAGGCCAUGGCCACCACACCUUUGUACAAUGGCCACCUUUAUGUCAAACCUUCACCUCGCUCCAAAAGGAGGGGAGACAAAGGCAAAGAGAAGCAAUGCGAGAAAAGGUCAGGGGGGAACAGACCAAACACAGGACACAAAGAGCGCAAUCACCAAUGCAAAGUCAGAAACGCAGGACCUCACAGACUCCAGGAGAAAGUCACCUCUUUCACUGACAUCCCCGUGUCUCCCUGUGGAUCACCCUUCAAGAGCUCUUGCAGGUCUCACUUAGACAUCAAGGAUGUUGAGGCCAGAGGGCGCCGCAAGUCAGGUAACGUUUCUUUGGAGAUGCACGACCGUCAGAGUCUCCCAGAGAUCAUCAUCACCAGCAAAGAUGAUGACCUGCAAACACACAGUGAGACGUCCCAGUAUCGGCAGGAUCUGUCCGCGUCCAAAGGCCUGCUGCCGGGAGCCGAGUGUCCCAGUCCGAACCUCAGUCCCAGUCCCCAGUCCAGUCCGAAGCGCAAAGUGGACAACAAGGACGACACAUACUGGAAGAGCCACAACAUCGGCUGGAGGCUGGUUCACAGGAGGGCUCUGUUUUUGAGGAGGCAGCGACUGAAUGACUGUGCCCUGGCCGUGGGCAUAUUCGGGGUGGUGUUGAUGGUGAUGGAGACAGAGCUCUCCUGGAGCGUCUACAGCAAGAGCUCCAUCUACUCCCUCGCACUCAAGUCCAUCAUCAGUUUCUCUACGAUCAUCCUGCUUGGCCUCAUCAUAGCCUACCACUGCUGUGAGGUGCAGCUCUACGUUCAUGACAUUGGUGCAGAGGACUGGCGGAUUGCCAUGACAACCGACCGUGUGGCUCUGGUGGCCUUGGAGCUGGCAGCAGUGGCCAUCCACCCCUAUCCGGUCGGUCUGCUGGAGUACUUCGAGCAGACCUUCCAGCACACCAAGACUCGCCUCUCACUGUCUGAGACAGAGCUGGAGAUCGUCCUGGCUCUGCCCAUGUUCCUCAGGCUGUACCUGCUGGGACGGGCCAUGAUGCUGCACAGCCGCCUCUUCACGGACACCGCGUCUCGCAGCAUUGGAGCCCUCAACAAGAUACACUUCAACACCCGCUUUGUGGGGAAAACACUAAUGACCACCUACCCAGGGACUGUGCUGAUGAUUUUCAGCGUCUCUCUGUGGAUUGUGGCAGCAUGGGGCUUACAUGUUUGCGAGAGACAUCACAACUACCGGGACCUGAGCAGCAACUACAUGGAGGCCUUGUGGAUGGUCUCCGUCACCUUCCUGUCCAUCGGUUAUGGAGACGUGGUGCCUCACACCUACUGUGGUCGCAGCAUCUGCCUCCUCACAGGGAUAAUGGGUGCAGGCUGCACGGUCCUGGUGGUGGCUGUGGUCGCCCGGAAGCUGGAGCUGACGAGAGCAGAGAAACAUGUUCACAACUUCAUGAUGGACUCCCACAUCUCCAAGAGGAUAAAAAUUGCUGCAGCAAAUGUGCUGAGAGAGACUUGGCUUAUCUACAAACACACUAAGCUGUCAAGAGAAAGAGACCACACCAGAGUCCGCAUGCACCAGCGAAAGCUGCUUCUGGCCAUCCACCAGCUGCGGCGAGUGAAGAUGGAGAAGAGAAUACUUGCAGACCAAGGGAACACACUUGUAGACCUCUGCAAGGUGAGAGAGAUGCAGAACUUGAUGUAUGACGUGCUGUCAGAGGUGCAGGGCUGCAGGGGGGAGCUGGACACACACAUCCACAGCUUGGAGAAGCACGUGGAGGAGCUGAGGGAAGGCUUCAGGAGCCUGAUGCCCCUCCUGUCCAGCACCCUGUCCACACAAAACUCCUCCAUCCGUCACCUGCUCAGGGAGAGGGAGGUGAAGACGGAAACUGCCGGCACGAGUGUCGACAGGUAGACGGAGGCUGAGGAAGAUGAUGGAGAGGAAGUAAAAGCUUCUCGGGUGCUGCAGGAGCGGUUAUGGGACUGUAAGGCAACGAUCAUCUUAUUGGGACAUUUUUCUUAGAAAGGUGGAUGCUAAUAACAAGUGGAAAGCUGUACUUGUGUUAAAAGUAGUAACAUUUUCUAUAGCAGAAAUUCCGUAAAGCCAAAAUGUAGAAAUUAGUCAAACUGUGGCUUUUAAAAGACUUGCCAUAAUCUAAUAGUAAACUGAGAACAUUUUUAACCAAUAAAUCAGACUUUAUCAGAAAUCAUUAAUGGUAAUGUUAAAGUGAGUAUUUUAGACUCUUGGCCAAAUUUGAACAUUAGGACACAGAGGUUGCCAUUGUUGUUUCCUGAUGAAAAUUAUCAAUAUUGAUCUUGUUCAUCACAGCCCUAAUCAAUUCAUCAACUUGACCAAAAGAUAAACCCGGAUGGUUUAGAACUGUUAUCACUCCCAUGUCAGUGUGUAGCUUUACCUGUUAAUAAUGCACUUUUUUCUGAUGAAGUAUUAAAAACUACAUAUAUUUAAACAUGGUUUGGGAUUGUAUAUACCUAGUCUUACAAAAAUGUGAAGAUAACCAAUAGUACUUUAUAAUAAAAUGAUAAGGCUCCUGAUUUUGUAUUAAAUGUCUGCAUUAGUCAGUGAGACAAAAAAAAAAGACACACAAACCAUUCCUUUAGCCAAAACAAUAUUUUAUUAAGAGAGACAGGGUUGGAGGGUGGAGUUACAGCAACAACUGAUCUGUCGACAAACAGUGGAAACUCAUCUGCUGUCCAGUCCAUCUUCAGGUCUCAUCUCAGACCACUGGGUCUGCCACCGUCCCGGAAGCAGAAGACGCUGAUAUCAACCAGUCCAUC